AUGUCGCUGCCCGGCCGCCUGGCCCUCCUCCGCGCCCCGGGGCGGCUCCUCCGCGCCCCGCGCCCCUGGCCCGGCCCCUCGGCGGCGGCCGCGCGGACCCGCAGCAGCGCCCUCGGCCCCCGCGCGCGGACCUCGGCGGGAGUUGGGGAUCGGGGGGCGGCGGCGGGGCGGAGAGCCGGGGUGCGCACUUGGGCGCCCCUGGCCAUGGCGGCGAAGGUGGACCUGAACACCUCCACCGACUGGAAGGAGGCGAAAUCGUUCCUGAAGGGCCUGAGCGACAAGCAGCGGGAGGAGCACUACUUCUGCCAGGACUUCAUCCGGCUCAAGAAGGUCCCCACCUGGAAGGAGACAGCGAAAGGGCUGGCCGUGAAGGCGGAGGAGAAGGAGCCCAAGUACAAGAAGGACAAGCACCUCAACGAGAAGAUCUCCCUGUUCCGCGGCGACAUCACCAAGCUAGAGGUGGACGCCAUCGUCAACGCCGCCAACAGCUCCCUGCUUGGAGGCGGCGGUGUGGACGGCUGCAUCCACCGGGCCGCCGGGCCGCUGCUCACCGACGAGUGCCGGACCCUGCAGAACUGCGAGACCGGCCAGGCCAAGAUCACCGGCGGCUACCGGCUGCCCGCCAAGUAUGUCAUCCACACGGUGGGGCCCAUCGCCUACGGGGAGCCCAGCGCCAGCCAGGCCGCCGAGCUCCGCAGCUGCUACCUGAGCAGCCUCGCCCUGCUGCUGGAGCACGGGCUGCGCUCGGCGGCGUUCCCCUGCAUCUCCACCGGCGUGUUUGGCUACCCCAACGAGGCGGCGGCGGAGGUAGUGCUGGCUGCGCUGCGCGAGUGGCUGGAGCAGCACAAGGACAAGGUGGACCGGCUGAUCAUCUGCGUGUUCCUGGAGAAGGAUGAAAGCAUCUACCUGCAGCGGCUGCCCCACUACUUCCCCGUGGCCUGA